UGAGGUUUUAGGGCGGAGCAUGGCGGAGAGCACGACGGGAGACGCCGCGGCGAAGGUCUGUGAUGCUCCUCCCCCCGCAUUCCAGCCGGAUCGCUUGGAGAAUUUUAAGGUGGAUCCCGGAAGCGAUCGAUUGGUUCGUGUCGACGAUUCAGUAGAGACGGAGAAGACUGAGAAUCACGCCGGGCCGGAGGAACAGGAGGAUCGAAGGGGCGAAGAAGAAGGAGAAGAAGCACAAGGAAAAGAAGAAGAGGGAGAAGAAGAGGAAGCUCUCCGCGAGUUGCCUGAGAAGAUGAGAAAAUCUGUGGAAGUCAUUCAUCACAUUUCGGGAGAGACCGGCCUUGAGUCUACGGUCUAUAUGGUCGGCACAGCGCAUAUUUCUAAGGAGUCGUGCGAUCUCGUUGAAGCCGUGAUCAAGCUCGUCAAACCAGAGGCUAGCUUUCUUCACUUUUUGUUCCACAGACUCUAUCUGACUUCUUUUCGUGAACAGGCAGUUUUUCUUGAGUUGUGCAGAGAACGAUGCUCUUUGCUUUUGAAAACAACAAAUGGAAUUCCCACAGUAAAGCAGAUGCUAGAGUCGUGGAGAUCAAAGAAAAUGAAUUCCUUUGGAAUCAUUUAUUCGUACUUCCUCGCAAAGGCUGCUCAAAGGCUGGAAGUUCCACCGGGGGGUGAAUUUCGAAGAGCUUAUGAAAUCGGACGCGCUUGCAAUGCGCUUGUUAUUCUCGGGGACCGGCCUGCUUCGAUUUCGCUGAAACGAGCUGUGGCGAGGUUGACACUCUGGCAAAAGAUGAAGCUGGGCGGGACUUUACUCUGGAGUAUAAUUCGCCUACCGGGGGCUGAGGAACUCGAGAAAAUGCUAACGGAGCUCACCGACACCGAUGAAUUUGUAAAAUUCCUGAGAGAAUAUUGCAAGAAUUUUCCCACGCUUCUGGACGCUCUCCUGACGGAAAGAGACUUAUUCAUGACUUCAACGCUGAGAAGCGCGUGCAGCAAAUACGCCUCCGUUGUUGCGGUUGUCGGCAAAGGUCACGUUUCAGGGAUCAUUGCCAACUGGACCAAACCACCUAUCGAGGUCGAUGCUCUACUUGAAGUCCCAGAGAAAAAAUCGUGGGGAGUUCGCUGGCGGCUUGGAUCUCUGUCUUUGGUUGGAGUUGGCCUCGGCUUCUACAUAGGGAAGAGAUGGAUGCUGUGAAGAGCCUGUAAAUUUUCCAGUUACCUCGUUAGAGGUUAACAGCGUUAUGUUCCAGCUCUCAUAUGAUCUCGAUCAGUCCUCA